UCUCCCCAUAAGAUGCAAUCCCUCAACACUUCCAUGAAAAACCCACUUUGUUUAUUUUUCUUCCUUCUUCGUUUCAUUUCAAAAAUUUCAAACCAUAUCAUUUACAAUCUUGAAUUUUGUUCAUGUAAAAUCUCUUUGGUUAUUUGGCUUUGGUCGAUUUGAAUCGAUCUGAAUCGGUCAUCUUCCAUAGUUCUUUGGCAGUUUUGAUUUUCAUUCUGUCAUUAACAAUCUUCAAUUUCUUCAAUGGUGUCCAACAAAAAGGUAGCCAAUGCGGUCGGUGGCAAAACCGCUCGAGCCUGCGACAAUUGCAUAAAAAGGCGGGCCCGAUGGUACUGCACCGCCGACGAUGCUUUCUUAUGCCAAACUUGUGACGCUUCGGUUCACUCAGCGAACUCAUUGGCCAGCAGACACGAAAGAGUUCGUCUCAAAACAUCAUCGGACAAGUCCUCCGACGAGUCCUCGUUGGAGAACUUUGUGCCCUCAUGGCAACGAGGGUUCACCCGAAAGCCCCGAACACCACGACAUGGAAAACAAUCCAUUCAUCAACAUCGAAAAUCCCAAGAACCGACUCAAAACUCACAUCCUAUGGUGCCCGAGUUGGGGAGCGGAGGAGAGACUUCAAACGAAGAAAACGAAGACGAGCAGCUUCUUUAUAGGGUUCCCAUAUGCGAUCCAUUCGUUGCAGAGCUCUGUCAUUCUGCAAAUUCAAACGAAGCAGCAAGAAAUAUAGCGAUUCAAUCGAAGUCCACGUUAUCUGAACUCGGUCAUGGAUCUAGUAAUUUACACGGGCUUCUUCCUUCUGAAUCGGAGCUUGCAGAGUUUGCAGCCGAUGUCGAAAGCUUGCUAGGCAAAGGUCUUGAUGAAGAGUCAUUUGACAUGGAAGGACUUGGACUUUUAGAUUGUGAAGAGAAGAUUUCGAUUUCAAUGGAGGAUUGUUCAAGUGAUGGUGGAAGAGUUAAGAUUGAAGAUGAAGAAACCAUGAAUUGUGUCCAUGUUGUUGAUACCGAGACCGACAUGGCGAGAGAACCAUUUGAAUUGAAUUUUGAUUAUGAUUCUCAUGUGGGAUGUGAGGAAGAUGAGAACAAGGUUGGAGUUGGUAAAAUCGGCGAAGCAAAGAAGAAGAUGAAGAAGAAGGUGCUACUGAGGCUUGAUUAUGAAGGAGUCGUGUCGGCAUGGGCUGACCAGAGGUCUCCUUGGACUGCCGGUGAUCGGCCGGAGGUCGACCCUAGUGAGUGUUGGCCUUACUGCAUGGGUAGUUGUGGAACAGUUCACCACCCAUAUGGAGAUAUAGGAGUGAUUGGUGGACACACAGCAAUGGGGGAUGGAGGAAGAGAAGCGAGAGUGUCAAGGUAUAGAGAGAAGCGGCGUAAGAGGUUGUUCUCGAAGAAAAUAAGGUACGAGGUUCGGAAGUUGAAUGCAGAGAAGAGACCCAGAAUGAAAGGUAGGUUCAUUAAGAGGGCCAAUUUUGCAGGACCUGCUUUUCCUUUGCUUAACAAAUGAAAUGUAAAACUAUCUAUCUAGUUUUGCAUGUUAAUUAUGCCUUUAUAAUGGUCUUGUACAUAUCUGCUAUUAAGGAAAAUGUUAAGCUUACAGAAAUUUUAUACAAAAAAGUCAUACAGAAUGUUGUGGUGGUGUCAUUUUUGCAGUUAUAUAAAUCGUAGUGAUCAGUUCUUUGAAUGGCUGUAAAUAAGCCAAGUCAUUCUGCUUGAAAUUUUUGUAUAGGUUGUAUAGUAUUAUUCAUCUAGUAAAUAAAAUCUAAGCUUAAAAGCUUACCUAUUACAUGCA